AUCAUGUUCACAAGGCUUUUUUUAGCGCUGUUCUUUUGUCUUCUUUUCUCGUUGUUCUUUACUAGUUAUGCUGUAGAUUUAGAACAGUGUGAAGAAGGCGGUAGUUGCCACGAUCUUCGAGAGACGGUUGAGGCUGUUAUCGAAAGUUUAGAUUGUCGUAACUUUUAUGUCACUGGAAAGUGUUCGGAAGCUUGUUUUCGAGAGUUGCAAAGAAUUUUUCUGUACAAAAAAGAACUGUGGAUUGCUUGUUCUUUGGUUUGUUGGACCGAAACAUAUCGUGAGUUGAUAGAAGGAUGGGCCUCCCUCUGUGAAUCACAUAGAAGUAAAGAAAGUGGAAAGGAGAAAGUUUUCAAUUGGCUCGAAAGUGCGACAGCAACGGGAAGGGAAAACUUGGUCAACUUUGGAAAGCAGUGGACUUGGAGAUGGUGGCUUCAGACUUUUUUUUACCUAGUCGCUUUAUUUUGCUUUCUAGUAUUUGGUUUAGUUUUAUUCAAGUUUUGGAAGCAACGACGAAAGCAACCUUCUCAUUUCUUGAAAAAGACUCUGGAUAUUGAUGAUCGACCAGACUCCUUUUCACUUCUUGGUAGAAGAGGAGCUCGAAGGCAUUUAUUCAAGUUACUUGUUCCAGAAAGUUGGAACAAACAACAAUAAUCGUGGAGAGCCUUAUACUUUUAUUUGUCUCU